AUGGCAUCUGUUGCAGAAUCUGCUGCGCAAAAAGACGAGCUUCGUCAUGACCAAUGGUCUCAAAUAUUGCGCCGACCUGGCCCUUUUGCUCCCGAUGUGGAUCCGCAGCUCGACUUCCACGACCUAUUUUCUUCCAAAAUCCUCGUUGUCGGGGCCGGCGGACUUGGUUGCGAAAUUCUCAAAAAUUUGGCCCUCAGUGGAUUUCGCGAGUUGCAUGUCAUUGACAUGGACACCAUCGACGUGUCGAAUCUGAACCGCCAAUUCUUGUUUACAGAACACGAUGUCGGAAACUCCAAGGCUUCUGUAGCUGCCAAGGCCAUUAUGCGACGCAUCCCCUCCACCACCGUCAUACCCUUCCAUGGUAGAAUCCAGGAUAAGUCUUUCGAUUACUACAAACAAUUCCAAUUGGUCGUCUGUGGGCUCGACUCUGUUGAGGCCCGUCGGUGGAUCAACUCUACCCUUGUCUCGAUUGCCAAAGGCGGUGAUUUCUUGCCCUUAAUCGAUGGUGGCUCCGAAGGUCUCAAAGGCCAAGCUCGUGUCAUUUUGCCUUCCAUCACAAGCUGUUACGAAUGCUCGCUCGAGAUGUUGACUCCCAAAACCUCUUAUCCCAUUUGCACCAUUGCCAACACUCCCCGCCUGCCCGAACACUGUGUGGAAUGGGCCUUUUUGCUCGAAUGGCCCCGUGUUGCUGUAAACAAUUCCGAAAACACCAAAUCCUCCCAAGAAAUUUCCCUUCAAGAUGAAGGUUCCUUGCGAGAGGAAACGUCCGUGAGCCUUGCUCCUGCUUUCGAUCCCGACAUCCCUUGGCAUGUGGAUUGGAUUGUAGACCGUGCACGAGCUCGUGCCGCUGCUUUCGAAAUCAAUGCUCAAGACAUCGAUCGCUUUUUCGUUUUGGGUAUUGUCAAACGCAUCAUCCCCGCUGUUGCUUCUACCAAUGCCAUUAUUGCCGCUGCUUGCUGCAAUGAGGCCCUCAAAAUCCUUACCGACUGCAAUCCCACUCUUGACAAUUAUAUGAUGUUUGUUGGCGAAGACGCUACGUACACAUUCACCUUCAAUUUGGAAAAACGAAGCGACUGUUCCGUCUGUGGCGCUCUCACCGAAAGCUAUCCAUUUUCCAAAGCCCGUCCUCCUCUCUUGUCUACUCUCAUUCAUCACUAUCAGACAAAGUAUCAACUCCAUAGUCCCUCUGUAUCGUCCACCAGCGGGUUUCCCUUAUAUUUCUCGUCUCCCCUUCCUUUACAGCAAGCCACCGCUACAAAUUUGUCCAAAUCCAUUCUUGAUUUGAUAUCCCCCAGUCAACAGUUGGUUUUUACGGACAAGGCUUUAACAACAAGUCUUUAUAUUUCUUUACAGGAAAUCACUGAUGGACCAUAA